AUGACUCUCAGACAGGUUUGUUCUAUCCUGACAUCUGAUCUAACGUGUUUCUCACGCUAACAAAGCCGUGGGCCUAUAAGAAGCCCCGCGAGCUCAGUCUCCUGUGCCGACGGGUCCAGCAGACGCAGCAUGGCUCAGAAGACAGCUCUGAUCGUUUACGCCCAUCAGAGUCCGGCUUCGUUCAACGCGGCGGCUCGAGACGUGGCGCUGCAGGAGCUGAAGCUGCAGGGAUACGAGGUCGUCGUGUCUGACCUGUAUGCCAUGAACUUCAAAGCCAGUGCCACGCGGGAUGACAUCAUCGGUGAUGUGAGGAACUCUGAGCAUUUCCAGUACGGAGAAGAGACCCUGCACGCCGGGAUGGAGGGCCGUCUCAGCGAAGACAUCGUAGCUGAGCAGCGCAAAGUAACAGAGGCCGAGCUCAUCAUCUUCCAGUUUCCUUUGUACUGGUUCAGUUUUCCCGCCGUCAUGAAGGGCUGGAUAGACAGAGUGCUGUCACAGGGCUUCGCUUUCUCCCUGGAAAAGAUGUACGAUAACGGGAUAUUCAAGGAUAAAAAAGCCAUGUUGUCGUUCACGACCGGAGCAGCUCCGACGAUGUUUCAGCCUGACGGCAUCAACGGGGACAUCAACGUCACCCUGUGGCCUCUGCAGCGAGGAGGAGGAGGUAUGACUGCGCAUCACUACGGGGGGAACAGUGCAUAA